CACCUUCUUCCAUUUUUACUCCCUUUUCCUUUCUUUCUCCUUACAAAUCCCUCGAGAAAGAAAAAGAGAAAAAAACAACGUAAAUAUAUAACACACGAUGUUGCUAGGAAAACGUACACGCCAGUCGAUCAAGAAAACGACAAGUAUGACGGAGAUCACCGUCGUCGAUGCCUCCAACCUGGAGGAAGUCGUCGACCAACACCCAAUUGUAUCUGAUCCUCCCCCUCCCCACCGUGAAUUCCACGACGGUAACUCCCGUUCGGAUCAACGUUUCUCGGCCAUGGUGUCUCCCAAAAACCGAUCUUCAGAAAGAUCAGCUUUUACUAACCAUGUAGUCAACGGUACCACAAGCGCAUCUCCUUUUUUGCAGUCUUGUUGGCUUUGUAAUAGCCGCUUAGCUCCUGGUCGUAACAUAUAUAUGUAUAGGGGGGAUACUGCGUUUUGUAGUCUCGAGUGCAGAGAAAAGCAGAUGAAGGAAGACGAAAGAAAAGAAAAGAAUGCAAUUGCAGCGGCUUCAAAGAGAGAGGACCGCCAUGCCCACGCCUCUUCAACCACCUCCAAGAAUUCUAAAGCCGAGCCAGUGGUUGCUGCUUGAGCUUUGAAGAAUGUUUAUCAACGAGUAAUUUGAUAGAAAUUAAGCCAAAUAUCAAACGCCACAAAUGUAGAAGAAGAAGAAAAAAAAA